AUGUCAUCUCCCAAGACUUUUGGGAUCGAGAGGUUCCUGACCAAGAAAGAAAAGCAGAAUCAGUCCAUUCCCCAAGGGGUUCGGAUGAAAACCGGUAAUACAAUCAGGUACAAGUCUAAGAGGAAACACUGGAGAAGAACCAGGCUGGGUCUAUAA